CAGUCCCGAGCCGGCGUUAACCCGCCCGGUGCCGGCGAAGCACCGGGGGGCCUCCGGGGUCCGCCGCGGCGAGCUCGAGCGCGGCGGGCCGGGCCCGGCUCCGCCGCUCUUUGUCCGCCGCCCCGGGGCAGGUGCGGGCGGCGCGGCCGGGGACAAAGCGGCCGCGGGGCUGCCGGGCCGCUCCCGCCGUGCCCGGGGCCGGGCGCGCUCCCCUGGCGCGGUGCGGGCGCGGCUCCCGGCGCUCGGCCCCGGCGCUGCCGGCGGGUUUUAUGCGCAGGGCGGCCGGCGGGCCGGCGGGGGUGGGAGGAGCCGGGCAGGUUGUGCCCGCCGGGCCCUCCUCCCUCUCUCCCUCCCCGCCCGGCGGAGAGGGGUCGGGGGAGGGGGCAGCAUGGCCUGUCCGUCCGGCCCCUUUUCCAGCGCUCAUCUGCCCCGGGAGUGCGGCGCCGCUCCUCGCAGGGAGAAGAGGUCCGAAUGGAGACAGACGGCAGCCAGCCCGGCCUCGCCUCCCCGGACUCCCCGCACGACCCCUGCAAGAUGUUCAUCGGGGGACUGAGCUGGCAGACCACGCAAGAGGGCUUGCGGGAGUACUUCAGCCAGUUCGGCGAGGUGAAGGAGUGUCUGGUGAUGCGGGACCCGCUGACAAAGAGAUCCAGGUGAGAGGCCGGGCCCGCGCCUCCCUUCGCCCCCGCCGCGGCCCGGCCGCCACUUUAACCAACUUUCUCUCUUCUCUCCGCAUCCCCUCUCCUGCCCGGGCUGCGGGGCUCAGGGGCUUCGGGUUCGUCACGUUCAUGGACCAGGCUGGCGUCGACAAGGUCCUGGCCCAAUCCAGACAUGAACUGGACUCCAAGACGAUUGACCCGAAGGUAGCGUUCCCCCGCCGAGCACAGCCCAAGAUGGUGACCCGAACGAAGAAGAUAUUUGUGGGUGGUCUGUCCGUGAACACUACUGUGGAGGAUGUGAAACAGUAUUUCGAACAGUUUGGGAAGGUGGACGAUGCAAUGCUGAUGUUUGACAAGACGACCAACCGACACCGAGGGUUUGGGUUUGUCACAUUUGAAAGUGAAGACAUUGUGGAAAAAGUGUGUGAAAUCCAUUUUCAUGAGAUCAACAACAAAAUGGUGGAGUGUAAAAAAGCUCAGCCGAAGGAGGUGAUGUCCCCAACGGGCUCAGCACGAGGGCGGUCCCGAGUCAUGCCUUACGGGAUGGAUGCCUUCAUGCUCGGGAUCGGCAUGCUGGGUUAUCCAGGCUUCCAAGCUGCCACCUAUGCGAGUCGAAGUUACACUGGCAUUGCACCUGGCUACACUUACCAGUUCCCUGAGUUCCGUGUAGAGCGGACCCCUCUCCCGAGUGCCCCCGUCCUCCCUGAGCUCACAGCAAUCCCUCUCACUGCAUAUGGACCAAUGGCGGCAGCAGCGGCUGCGGCGGCUGUGGUGCGAGGGACAGGUUCCACUCCCAGUCGCACCGGUGGAUUUCUGGGCACCACCAGCCCCGGGCCGAUGGCAGAGCUUUACGGAGCUGCUAACCAGGACUCAGGGGUCAGCAGUUACAUCAGUGCUGCUAGUCCAGCCCCGAGCACCGGCUUUGGCCACAGCCUAGGGGGUCCCUUGAUUGCAACAGCUUUUACCAAUGGGUAUCACUGAAGCUGGGGACCAAGGAGGCAGGAGAUUCCCCAGUGACCUAACCGAGGACAGCGAGCGGCUGGAGGAUCUGGUGAGCCUCGGGGGAUGAGCCAAGGUUACCUUUUUCUUGAAUCAAACUGCACACUGCCGGCUGGCUGCCAGGCUCCUGCCGCCCUGCCCUGAUCCCUCCCUUUGACCAGACCACACUGGACUGAACCCGAGGAGAUCAUCUCGCUUUCUUACUAACCACCGACGGUUUACGCUUUCCCCCCUCCCUGCCCCCAGCCCACCGAUUCUUCUUUUAUUUAUUUUAUUAGCUGUUAGUUUUAUUUUUUUAUUUUAUUUUUUUAUCUUUUUUUGGGGCUACCCCUUCUUUUUGUUGUUUGCUCUUUCCCGAGCUAGUAGACAUAUUUUAUGAAUUGGCUUUGUGAUUGUGUUAGGUAGUUUUUAUUGAGGAGUAUUUUUAUUUGGCUUUGAAACUGUUUUGAAUAUUUUCAACUCUGUUGUUGUCGUCAGUGUUUUUAAAGCACGGUAUGUAACAAGAAUGCAGUUCUGAAGGGAAGAAAGAGACACAGAAAGAGCAAAGGCUGAGAGGAACUGAUGUAUUUCUAUUUUUUUUAAAGAAACUGUUUUUAAUUGUUUCUGUUUUGUAAAUGUGAGGCUUUGAAAAGUGUGAAACUCCAAGGAUCCGAAAACGUUGGACAUCGCUAUGGAACAAAACAAAUGUAUAUUUUGCUAAGUGAAAAACACUAUCCUUACAGCUGAAAGAUUUUUUUUUCUAGGUUUAGUUUUACGUGGGGUUUUCUUUUUCCUCCUGUAUAAUAUGUAAAUAUCGCGAGCUGAACCUGGCUGCCACCUGCAGCCUGGCUCCAAGGAGCAGCUCCAGGUCCUGGACUUGGUGCCGCAGCGUGAGCAAUACUCUCCAGCAGAAUCCUGACAGGACUCCGUUCUUUUUUUGUACACCUUUUACUGUAAGAUUUUAAGACCUCUGAUGAGAUGAAAGGGGGUGGGGGGGCGGGGGUGAAAUGUACCGGCCAUCGGCUGUUUUGCUGAGCGGGUUAAAGCUGCUUCCAGUUGCUCGAUGUACAGACUCCCAUCACUGGGCUCCGUAGUGCCAGCCUCUGGUUUGGCUUUAGGUAAAGGGCUUUACCGCCAUUGCUUGUCUUGGUUACUUUGAAAGGAAUUCACUCUCCAAACACUAUUGCUUGCGUCAAGAUUUCCUGGGAAAGGGGAUCCUCCUCCGGAGGUGAGGGUAUUGGAAGGGGUGUCGGCCAGGGCCAGGGGGAAAUUUGGGUGGUCAUUUUCUGAAGGGCAGGGCGCUGGGUUGGGGAGUCAUUAAUGGGGGAGAAAAGCAUUAGGGUGGUGAUUUGGGGGCGGGUUAAGGGCUUCUCAGGGAUUAUAUGAAUUAUAGAAUUGCAGCUUCCCGUUUGCUUUACUCUGUGUUCUGAAGACUGUGGGAAUUUGUCCGUUGACCUGUGUGUGGGGUAUCUGGUCCCUUCUCCAGAACCUGCCGGGGCUUCUCCUGGUGCGGUCCAGGCCCCUGCUAACAAGCAUUCGGCCAGGGGAGGCCUCCAGCAGGAGUACACGGGGCAGGUUUGGGUCUGGAUUUCAGUGAACCAAAGACCUUGUUAAGGGGGGUGAUUAAGCCUUUUAUUAAGAUGCAGCCAAACUCUUUUCCCAGGGAAAUAACAGCUUCAUCUUAAGUUUUAAAAAUCAUUCCCUCUCUUCCCCCAAACUGAGCCCCUGUAAGGGAGAGGGGUGUUUAGAAAAGGACUGGGAGGGCCACAGUACCCACAGGGCCCUUUUUCUCUUCCAUCUCUCCCCCGUCUGCCGGAGCUUGUCCUGACCUGGGCGAUGCGUUUGGAGAGUUCUGUCUAGGUAAGAGGGUACUUAACAGAUCAGUACUGAAAACACAAAGCAAUAAUUUUUGUUACUGAGACAAGAGUCUGUAUGUCUGUUUUUUUAAAUAUUUCCUAAUUAAAGAAGAGCUGCAUUUUAUUGGGUUUAUUUUUAUUCUAUAUACUUCAAAUUUGGGUCUGCGGACAGCGCUUUCCUCCCUCUUGGUAUAUGCGCUGAACUGCUUCCGUGCCCCCUCCAGACAUCCAAGGCCAGCUGUGCUGCUGCUGAGCUGUGAUUCACUCUCUGGCCAGUGCUGCCACUGCCUGGAGGCUGGGGCUCCGGUUUCAGGGUGGGCAUUUUUUUUAAAAGAAAUAAAGCUGUGUUUUUAAGCCAGUAAGUUAUUACACUCCAAUGUUUGUUCUCUCCACACCUGUAACCCCUUUUCCAGAUUUCAGUUUUAAAUUCCUAAUAAAUUAUUUGAAAACUGUC